AUGAUGACAAAUGUUUCUUUUGAAAUACUGUUUAAAGUUCACGUGAAAAUCGAUCGUUUUGUUCAUUUAUUGAUUUUGAUUGAAAUAUACAAUACAGACGGAUGUGUUGACGGUAGAUAUGGAGACAGAUGUGAGCUGCCUUGUUUGGAAAACUGCACAAGUUGUACCCGGGAUGGAGAACAGUGUUUAGCCGAGAAACAGACAGAGGAUGACGGUAGCAAUGUUGGCACAUAUGUUGGAGUCGGAGGCGUUUUAAUAGUCGUCGGCCUGAUUGUGAUCAUUGCGGUAGUUUGCAUAAUCAAACGAAAAUCAUCCACAUCCGGCGAAACUGCAUCCUCACCCUCAGUGGCAUAUGGAGGGCCAAAUCCUUCAAACAACUCGAACAGACACUCGGGUAUUACAUACAUGCUUCUGUGUAGCAUUAUAAUAUUCGUUGCUUAUUCUGCGACGAAAGUGAUUUUGCUGAAUUUCUGCUGUACAAAUCUAUACUACAUCUGGCAUUAG